AUGGUAGCAACGCCACCUCUCCUCUUCUCUUUCUUUGUGUUUUGUUGGUGUGGAUUCUUGCUUGUUGACACAUGUUCUACACACUCUUCCAUAACUUCAUCAACAUUGAAUGUGUUUAUUCAGAAAAGCUCCACAACAGAAAGUUUGCAAGUAUUUGGAUCCAACUCUUCGAUCAUUCUCAUCACAUUCAAUCAGACAGCUAGUCAAGAUGAGUCAAGUUGGAACGUCAUUAAUCAAAUUGGACCUACAACAGAUGUACAUGUCUAUUCGUCACUCUUAGAGGAAGACACUCCAGAAAAGGAUGAAUUCAAAAGGAGUGUUGAACAUGCCAUGCUUAUGAAUGGUUUGAAUAUUAGAAAACUUUCGUAUGUCACUUUGAUGCUUACGGAUUGUAUGAUUGGAAAUCCAUUUGUGGAUAACAAACAGAUCAAGUUUCUGAUAACGACAGAUUUCGAUUUACCUAUCAUGGUGAGGAAAAUCAGAGAGAAUUUCGCAUUGGGGAGGUUAUUAGAAAUGAGUGAUUUUAGAAUUCAAGUUUUGGCUCCAUACGAAAUCCAAUAUUCAACGACAAGCAACAUUUCAGAAUCAACUGAAAGUUUAUAUCAAGAUAAGAUUGCAGAAUGUUUGAAUGCAAUGAAGAAUUGUAAAAAUAAUGGAACCCUCUCAACAUGCUAUUGGAAACAUGAUUAUUGUUGGAUCAGACAACCUUCAUCUCUCUUCCAAGUUCAACAAUUCAAUCUUCUCAAUUCCUACACUAAUAUGAAACUAGUUUACAAUAGCUCUUCCAUUUCCAACUCUAUUUCCAAAUACUCUCUGGAAUUCUCGCACGAAACUCAAAACCUCACCUUACCAUUCAUCAUUUACAAUGAAAUUCUUCCAUCUUUCUUCUUUUCCUGCAAAUCUCCGAUCUGUCUCUAUGAACCAAUGCUUCCAAGUGAACCAUUUCACUAUGCAGUUGCGUUCUGUUGCUUGAUAUUUUAUAUUGGACUAAUUUUCAUGAGGAAUAAGAAUACUAUUAAGGUAAGAUUGUUGUUGCCGUGGAUAUGUCCAUUGAUUGUUACAAUAAGAAUUCUUAGUAGUGGAGAAUACUUGUAUUCAACCUGUCCAAUUAUUUAUUCAAUGAUUUCUAUAGAAACUGUUUCUAUUGUGGUGACGAUUUAUUGUGUGACAGUUAUUAGAUUCUUUUAUUUGAGAAAUUUAUAUGACAUCAUUUCAAAAUCAAAGAGAAUUACACUUUUAAAGAGAUUGGCAUCUGUCAGAUUUGGAAUUUUUGUGACAGUUUUGGCAUCUGUGAUUGUAUUUGCUCUGUUGAUGGUGUUUCUUCCAAUGUUUAUCAAAAUUUAUUUGAAUCAGACUGCAAUCAGUGUUUCCAGAAAUGUAAUUAUUGGAGUAAUUGUUGCCAUUGCAAUUAUUUUGGCUAUUAUUUAUUCUAUAUUUGAUAUUAUUCUCAGAAGAAAGGAUAUUCGAAUGAAAGGAAUCAUGUAUUAUCUAUUUUUCGAUGAUCCUUAUCUGAUUCGAAUAGAUUUAAUAUCCUUAAUUAUCAUUUUGCUGUUGCUUAUUCCAUUUGUGAUUCCAACAAGAAUUCAAGUAUUAUCUGGAUUGUUUAGAAUGUUGAUUGCAUUGUCUGCGUUCAUGGCAAUGGGUGGAACAACAAUGGUAUUGGAAUGUUUCAAAAUGAUUCGUUAUUCGAAAAAUGACGAAAGUGAAAAACUGGAGGAUAUAAUUUCUGAUAAGAAUUUAUUUAAAAUCCUUAAAGAAUAUGCACAGAAAGAGUUUAGUUUGGAGAAUAUUCUAUUAUAUGAAAAUUUACAGCAAUUUUCCCACAAGAAAUUUACACGUACUGACCUAGAAGAAAUAGAAGAAUUAUUUGUAAGAAACUAUUCGAAAUACGAAGUCAACCUCCCUUCCCUAACCAAACGUAAAUUCUACGAAUACAUGAAAGAAACUGAAAAAUCCGAAACUCUUGAUGUAAAACUUGUCAAGGACCUAAUCUUCCAAGAAAUCCUCAACAAUAUCAUGGACACAUUCUCUCGUCUCCAAGAAACCGAAGAAUAUCUGAAAUGGGAGCGCAUCAAACAGUUCCAACUUCGUAAAAUGUCUAUCAAUCCUUCAAAUUCCAAUAGAAAUCAAUAAUUAUUGUAAACAUUCUACGAAACAAAAUGGAAUAAACCAAUUCCAAUAUAUAGAACAGCACAAUAUAGAAAGUUAUACCAGUACAUCCAGCACAUUGUUACUCUAUCACACAUAAUUAUAAUGAAAAUUACAAGUUUUUUUGAUAUCCAACAUCUAUGCUGGAAUCUAUUUGGCGCGCUGGAUGUUGCAAUUUUCUCCAGUAAUGGAGCUAAAUGUGGAAGUAUAGAGGAAGUAGUGUGAUUGCUAAUGUUGAAAUUGCUAUUGUAGUUUCAGAUAGCCCGAUAUGUGCAGUUGCGGCUUCUAGUACAGAAUGAAGAUUAUAAUUCUAAAGGAUCAUCUGUUGCAGAUUUAACAAAUUAAAAAGAAUGGCAACAAGCAAAACUGUUGA